GAUCGCUUGAUGAAUCCUAAGUGCAAUGACAUACGACGAUUGUGCCGUGGCUGCAACGGCAUCGGGCAUCGUCGUAGGUAUAUUCGACCGCGGGCAAAUAGUCGCUAGACAGGAUCGCGUUCGACGCGUUGUCAUACAUAAGCGCGCUGAUCGUUUUGUUCGCGAUCCUGGCGAGGUAUAGUUCCACCUGCUCGGCUAGUCCUCACGCGAAAGGCCGUACGCUACCCGCUCAGCUGUACCUGCUCGACGGCGACGAGUUGCUGCUCAUGAAUCUCACCACGGGCAUCGACUCGCCCAGCAUCCUUCACAAGUUCGUGAGCGCCGAGGACUACGACCUCGACACCGAUCGGCUGCUGUGGAUCGACGCGAUGGCCCGCAUCCACUCGCGCCGUCUCAACACGAGCAGCCGACCGUACGAGGAUCGCCUCGUGCUACAGUACCAGCCGAGCGUGUCCACGGCGCGCAUCACCUACGACCUGGUCGGCCGCAAGUUCUACGUGAUCGACGGCGAGUCGCAGGAGAUCGACGUGGUGGACGAGAGCAACGACUACCAGACGAUACUGUUCGAGCGCGGCCCCAUCAAGGAGGAGCAUGUGGUCAGGGAGAAACCGAGGCGGAUCGUCCUGGACUGCAAGGAGGGACUCAUGUUCAUCGUCACCGUGCUCAACGGCGUGGAGAACAUCUACCGAUCGAACAUGGACGGCACGUCGAAGAAGUUCCUGAUCAGCGGCGCCGGCGGCGACGAGCUCGUCGUCGACAACCCGAGCAAGCAGAUCUUCUGGAUCAACGUCCAGGCCAAGGUGAUCGAGAGCGCCGACUACGGGGGCGGCAAUCGGGCCUUCGUCGCCAAGGUCCAGGCGCCGUCCGUCCUCGCCGUCUACGAUCGUCAGCUCUUCUGGCUGGCCCACGACUACGCUCCGACCGCGAGCAGCGGCUCCUACAUCAAGACGUGCCAGCUCGACGAGGUGGGCUGCGGACACAACACGACGAGGCCUCUGCUGCGGCUCGGCAAGCUCGUGCGUCAGCCGCGCUCGCUCAAGGCCUACGGCAUCAAGUCGUUCCGCGCCCAGCAGAGCCAAUCGCCCUGCCGGCAAUCGAACGGCGGCUGUCGGCACAUGUGCCUGCUCACGGGCGCCGAGGAGAGGGCCAGCUGCGCCUGCAACAUCGGCUGGCGGCCCUCGGAGUCGGACUCGCGCGACUGCCGCAUGGCCGACCGGAGGAACCCCGGGGAUCGCGACGAGCCGAGAUUAUGAAAUUGCUGGGCUUGGUGCGGAAUCGUCGAUUUCGUCGAGAAGAUGCUCACCUUUUAAAGAGAGAGAGAGAGAGAGAGAGAGAUUUAAUCAAUAUUGAAUCGACCGAUUCGGCACCAAGCUCGGGUUUUUUGUUUUUUAUGAUUAUUCGAAAUAUAAUCAACUCGAUGGUAGUUUAACAGUUAGGGUUUUUUUUACAGAU